AGUCCUGUUGGCGCCCCUCGGCGUCGUAUGUUCAAAGUGAGAACAGGGAUGAACCCAGUCGGCAAAGAAGCGUGUCGCCAUGACAAUGCAAUUGUUAUUGUCAUUGACCAUAAACAAACCCCCAAAAAAAUACAAAAAAAUCCGAAACCCAAAAUAAUGAAUAAAUCCUAGUGGCCCUCACCUCACCUCACUUCUACUACAAUAAAUAAAUAAAUAAACAUCCCAUAAAUUAUGAGUGAAGAUAAUUCCCCUCAUUUGGACCUGAAACCCCCGGAAAUGCCCCCAGCCAUAAACAUGCAGAAUUCGGAAUUCCAAAAUCUAACGUCCGCCGAGAAGCUGAACGACAGUGAGUACCGAAGUUUCAUAUACCGCGCCUUUCCGAACGAGCGUAUCUGCGCAUGCUCCAUAGAUCCCCACGGCAAUGAAAGCGCUUCCGUCAGAAAAUGUCCUGGGAGUUGCAAGAACACCUGUUGCAACAGAACUCAUCCAACUGUUACAAUAAACAAGAACAACUGCGGAAAUCCCGAGGGUAAGAAUUCCGAUUCCGCCCGCAGUCAGUUCGACAACGAAGUUCGCCUGCGCGGCGGCGGUUGCGAGGAUCUGUACCGGAAGUGGGAGGAUCUGGACACAGGGAGGAUUCCCCGAGUUCAACAUCCCCCCAAUUGUCCUCCCAUCAACAACAACAGCUCUCCGAACUACUACUACACGACCCGCACGGCGAGUUUUCCCACUGAACCACUGGGGAAUCCCCUGAAUUCCUCGUUAAAAUGUAAAACGGAUCCGAAAAAUUGCGGGGACGGACCGUGCAUUGGGGCCGAUUGCUUCCUCCGGACACUGAGAGAAACUCAGGAGUUCGUUGACUCACUGGGUAGAGUUCCAGGAUUGGCAGGUCUUGGACUAGAGGAUCCGUCGGAGAGUCCUUACUUCAGGAAAAAUGAAUCUCCAUCAGAAGACAUUGAGCCGGCGCCUGUGAAGGAGUCAAAGAAGUGUAGGAGAAAUUCCCGGAGACGGAGUCACCAGAGGACCCAGAACAGCGACGAUCCGGUUCUGAUCAGGACGAAGCCCUUUACCCUGCCAUCCUCCGGAAAGAAAGAAUCGUUCCGAGGAUCUCCUUUACCUUCAGUCGAUCCGGACAGUCUUCGAAAGCCCGAGGAAGUCCGCGCGGACGGAAUAGGACCCUGCGGUGACUUCGGCUGCAGGUCUCGGAGGAAGGCCCGACCCCCGGCCACGAGCUCCCACGAGCUCGUCAAGGUCACGGACAGGGAGAGAAGGAAUUCUAAGCGAAGUUUUCAGCGGAGAAGGCUGAAUCGACGGAGAAAUCGUGGAGUAGUACCAGUUCACGGGGGCGAGGAGUUGCGAUCCUCUCGGCGGAGGAUCAAAUACGUUUACUUGGCCGGAGAUGGUUAUCCUGGAGUGACGUUUGGCCACAAGAAUUGCAACGACCCGAGGAAGAGAGUCCCCGCUAACAUGGGAUGGCUGUGGAACGAGUGUCAGGCCCUGGGACGGCUCAAGCCGCGUGUCGGAUGGCGACCUGGCGCCAUCUCGCGGACGAUGAAGGAGAUUAUCAAGGAAACUAGGGCCGGAGCUCUGGAAGACACCAGAUCGCGGUCCGCUCAUUCCAGGACCAAACUGAAGACCAGGAGUCAGACUUCGGUGAAGAAGACUCAGUCGAAGAGGCUCGACGAUGUGGAGGAGGAGGAACCCCCGCCCACUCUACACAUUCUCAGGCGGGACGGCACCUAUUAUGUUACUAUGUAUCCUAUUAAGCAGGAGGGCAUAGAGGUGCCGCGGCUUGAGGUGCCGAUGAAACCGCUGCAGUUUAAGAUGGUUAAGGAUAAGGAUGAGACUGACACCGAGAGCUCCACUGCUUCCGAUAUUGAGAUUGAGUUCUCACCACCUGCGGCGGUUAAUAGGUACAAGAAGAAACCGGACGUUGUGCAUGUCGAUGUCCAGGUGAAGCAGCAGGAGAUUCUUGAUGCCUUCAAGCCUGUGGGUGAGAAGAAGAAGGGGAGAAAGGGGAAGAAAUAAUGGAAAGUGGCGGCAAUUAUAGUCAUCCGCAUCGGUUAUCGACGCGUUUGAUUAAUUAAUUAAUUGAUAACAGAUAAGUUUGGCAAUGGAGUUCUGCGUUUUAUAAAAUAGUUUUUUUGGUGUUCGUCUGCGGGAGGAGUAGCAUAAUUGGAGGGUUAAUUGAUCUAUUUCUCAUGAGAAUGAACAGCGGACAUUGAUUACGAAUUACUUGGACAGCUCGACGUGAUUAGAGGCGGGUAAUGAGAUGUAACUGGAGCAUGUGCAUUGGCCGAUUGGAUUGUGUUUAAUCAAUUGUCUCAACCCCAUUUCUCAGAGUCAAUCAAUCAGUUGCGAUUCGAGGAACUUUUGAGGGGAUUGAAAAAGGAAGAUAAUGAGAUUCGAUAUUUCUAGAGCAAUUCUCAUUAAUUACAAAUAACUGAGCAUAAUAGAUAACAUUGUUAACGAAAGGUCACUUUCAUAAAGUAGAAAGCAGUAAAAAACAAAGUUGAUAGUUCAUUUUAUUUUUCAAUUUGAAAAUUUCCACAAAAAAAUUUGAAUUUGAUAAGGGGGUUUUCUAUGUUAUCACCAGCGCGUAAAAAGUAUGCCAAUGAGGA